CGGCAGGUCAGCAUCGUCUCGCUCGCGACGGAUCAGGAGAUGUUCGAAGUGGCAGGACUCAUGGGCUACGCGGGCGAGGACGGCGAGGAAUCGUCGGACGAUGGCUCCGUGCUGGAGAUGCCCAGGCGCGCCCCUCCUCCCCAACAUCUCGGCGACCACGUCGUGCGCGACGACGCCGACAGAGCCAGCCUCGCCACCAUCGAGGCGAACUAUGCGGACGACGACACCAUUCCCGACGACGAGACCGUCGACUUCGAUGUCUAUCGCCGCGAGUCGAUGAUGUCGACAAAUACCGAUGGGUACGACCAGGGCCGCGCGCACGACUCUUACAUCGUCCUGUCUGGUCCCGAGGAGGAGUUUGGCGUGCGCACGCAGAUGCGCGAGCGCGGCAUGUCGCUGUCGAGCUACCGGUCUGCGCCGCGCUCGCCGCUGUCGAGCCACUCCGACACGUCGGGUUGGGAUAACGAGUCGGACUCUGAUCCUGAGCCGAUGGUGCGCAGGAGCAGGGUCGUGCCGAGCAUCUACACCGCGCCGAGCCUGUACUCGCAAGACUCCGUGUACCCGGCGGACGAGGGCAGCGCGAUCGGUCACCACCCGGCGGCGCUGGAGCAGGCGUCGCCGGAUGCGCCGUCGCCGCAGCAGUCGCUUGCUACGGGGACGUGGUCGCUGGAGGCGGAGCAGGCAAAGCGCGCGCGGCGGAUGGACGCGUCGCGGCGUGGUGCGGCGAUGGCGCUCGAGGGCAAGCGGAUGCCGCGCGUUUCCGAUGCCUCCAGGACAAGCACGGCGACGCGGUCGUCGGGCUCCUCUGCUCCCCGUCAGGAUCGUCUGUCCAACGAUACCUACAGCGACACGCCCUCGCUCGUGUCGUGCGGCUCCUCCAUGACCUCCUCGCAGCGAUCCAGCCAGUACCCCAAUACCCCGUCGCGACCGCAGACUGGCGACAGCUCCGCGCAGGGCCUCGGUAUCAUCGACGAGAGCGAUGGCGUGAGUAUUGUGGAGGACGCCACGGACAUGGAAGAGGACCACUACCCGCACGGCAUGGUUGGCGACAUCGCAGAAGAGCCGCGCCAGAAGUCCGCCGUCCUCCUCGCCCCCGUCGGCGCCGCCCCGCGCCCCGGCGGCGCGCGCUCCUCAACCUCUUCCCACUCCACUUCGUCGUCGUCGGCUGCCUCCGGGCGCCCGUCUUCAGCCUCGGGUGGCGGCGGCCUUAUGAGCAAGUUCGGCUUCAGCCGCAAGAAGUCGCCCUUGACCUCCGAUCCCACCUUCACCGCGCUGCCGCCCCUCCCCAGCUCGACGCCGCCGCUCUCCGACAAGGACCUGAAGGCCGAGGCGAAGCGGAUCGCGAAGCAGGAGGCAAGGAUCCGGCGGGAACGUCUGGCAGAGGAUUUGCGCAAGCGGCAGGACGCGGCGAAGGCGGCGAGGAAGCCCCCGGCGGCGGAGGUGCGGAGCGUGGGGUCGGGGAAGAGCAGCAGCAGCUCGAGCACGAGGCGGCGGUCCAAGGCGAAUGCGGACGCGGCGGCGAUGUAUGGGGGGAUGACGGGGUUCACGAUGUGAGGAGUUUGGGGAUCUGUUGUAUAUAUGGUCUUCGAUCUAAGUCGCUGACCCAAUCUACCAACAAAUGUCUGUACUACGUUAUGGUUGUGCGUUGCUGUUGUUGCUGUUGUUGUGCCAGAUGGCGUCGCGUGCCUCCUUCCCUUCUUUCCUUUACCCCAGGCACUCGUUUGCUGCUUCUAUCUUGUGUAUCUAGACCCAUGUUGACUCUCUUUUUACUCACCCUCUCAUCGAGUGACUCACCGAGACUUCACGUUCGCUUCUUGCACAUAGUUGUGUCUCGAAACCCUUUUGAAAUGAAUGUCAUGAUACCGUGUACUUUCCUUAUUUGUCCUAUGUCUGUUUCUUUGCAAUGUCAAAUUCUGUUUGUACUCCCCGAAA